AGAUGAUACUUAUUUUCUGUGUAUUAUUUUUGGUUCUAUAUAGUGUUACCCUCCGUGCACUCUCCUCAUCUUUGACUCUAUAAUUCAUUCUUCUUAUCUCUCUCCCUGGCAAACACACACACACACAGUAAACAAAACAAAAAAACUUACAGCUCUUCAUUACUUCAUUAAAAUUGUUCAAUUAUCUUAUUGCUAAGGAUAAUAAGCACUUUCACUACUGUGGGGAUUAUAGUUGGUGAAGAACAAGACCAGUUUGGCAAUUGAGCAAAGUAAAGAACAGUAUGCGGUGGUAUAGUUUAUCUGUUGACGUUUAUCGGAAAGUUAUCUCCUUGAACUUGUAUUGCCGUGUCAUUCUGUAAAAUACCCUUUUCAUAAAAACCAGUUCAUUAGUGUUGCUUUUCUCAACUUGGAAGUCAAUUAUUCAUUAUAAUCUUUUCCAUGGGAUCCACACGUUUCAUCGUCAUACCCUGUUACGUUCGGAUGAUUAGCUGAGAAUUAAGUCACAUUCAUCUUAGCCUUGAUGAGAAUCUGUCUUCUUUAAUUAGUAUUCAGCCUUAUAAUUACUUCCAUCUCGAGUCUCACACUUGUCAUUCCUGUUAGUCCCAGGAUUAGCUGAGAAUUUAGUCACUUUUAUCUUAGUCUUGGUAAGAAUUUUCUUCUUAAUUAGUAUUAAGCCUUGCAAUUACUUUCAUCUCGGGUCUUUUGUGAGAUUUUUUUUCUUUAGCGUUCAAUCUUUCUGUUUUGUGGGGAGUGAUUUUCCUUCUGCCAUUUCUGUUGGAAGAAUUUCUUUGUGGUGAUUGUUCAAUCAUUUUAUUGAGGGGAUUGUUUGGAAUUCUUUUGUUUAUUGAUUUUUCUGCUGGAAGAUUGAGGUGUUGUGUUGAGUGAAAGGGUUGGGAACAAGUAGUUAUGGUGUGCCAAGCAGCUAGUCAGACGAGAUUUCGGGCAUUGAAACAUGAAAAUGGAAUUGAUGGGUCUGCCACCAUAAUAGUUAGAGUAAUCGCAUGCUUUCAACCACUCCAAGAUUGCCAGGCUGAAUACUUCCGCCAUUUGCUUAAGCCUGUCACGUAGAUAGAUCUUUCUUGUUACCGCGUUCAAGUUAAGCUGGAGUUUUUAUUUUUUUCGUUAUUUAGCAAGAGUGCAAGAAAUAAUCAGCAAUUCGUAGUUUCACAGUUGUUUAGAACUGGUGAUUGUUGAGGUUGAAUGGAAAAGGACUUUGUAUCUUCGUUUCAUCACCAGUAUUCAGAUCUGCAGUUAGCCCAUUUGAAUUUUUCUUAUCCACAAUUUGAUAUAGGGCAGCAGAAUUCUUUUCCUACUUACAUGAUUCCUCAGUCAAAUGAGGUUCCUACGAAUGGGAAUUCUCCAUUUUUCACAUUUUCAGGCCUGCCAGAGUCGAAUGCAAGCUGGCCAACAGAACCUUGCAAUUGGUUAUAUUAUUCGCCUCAGUUUUAUCAGGGUUUUAAUCCUGUUUCGACCACUUUACCCAAAGAGAAGCUUGCUCCCCGAGCACCUGAAAAUCUGGGAGGUUACAAACAUCCUAAUGGAGGCACUGCAUCUGCUCAGAAGAGAUUCCUUGUGUUUGAUCAAUCUGGUGAUCAGACAACUUUGAUCUAUAAUUCUCCUAAUGGUACUCCUGUACAAUGCCCCGCUUCUUUGAAUCCAAGAGCCCCUGCUCUUUAUAAUUCGAGUAAGGAAGAUCCAGAGAUCAAAACAAAUGAAGCUUCUCCAUUCGGGCAUUUCUUCGACAAGGAAUAUUAUGAAGACAACAACAAAGAUGAUGUCGAAAGUGAAAUGCAUGAGGAUACUGAAGAACUGAACGCCCUACUCUACUCUGAUGAUGAUAAUGAUUGUUCUGAGGAUGAUGAAGAAACAAGCACUGGUCACUCGCCUAGUACUAUGACCGCUCGUGAUCUGCCAGAGUUGUCUGACGAAAGGGGUGAAGAAGUAGCUAGUUCUGUUGGGUCGACCAAACGGCAUAAACUGCUAGAUGGUAGCUACGACGCACCAGAAAUAAGGGAUACUGCAACCUCCACAAAAGCCUACACAUGCUCCAACUUAGAGGAUGAUGCACAAUCCAGUUGUGCCAAUGGCCUUGAACAAGAUUCAGGAGCACCAGGUUCUCCAUCUGGGAAAAAGAGGCUAAGAAAGGAUAAAAUUCGCGAGACAAUAAGCAUUUUGCAGGAAAUAAUCCCCAGAGGGAAGGGAAAAGACUCGAUGGUUGUUCUUGAUGAAGCAAUCCAUUACUUGAGAUCCCUGAAGGUGAAAGCCAAGUCUCUCGGACUUGAUUCUCUUUGAGCUUCAGCUUGCCACUGGUCAUAUUAUUGACUUGCUGUUAAAGGUAUUUGAAUUGAAUAAUUAGUGUUUAAAUGGUAUUGGCAACGCGUGGCUGAUUAGAAUAUGCCAUAAACAAAGUAAACCAGAUUGGAGAAUCCCUUUAAAGUCUUUAUUCCAUCAUUCUGCUCGAACCAUUGGCUAUGGCUUUGAAAAUUAGUGGUCAUGUCUUAUUCAUGUCUUCUUUUCAGAUAAGGAGGGAACUUCUUGUCAUGCUUCCAUAAAGGGUGGUGAAUCAUGAGUUCAUAUUCUGACCCCCAAGAGAAAAGUUGAUUCUGCUGCCCUUUGGGAAUGUGUUUUGCUUGCCCACAUAAUUGUUCGCUGUCUGUGUGAACGAUAUAAGGCGAGCUGUUACCUCAGUAGGACCUUUGAAAAGUUUGUAGUGCACGCUUGGUGGCUAAUUUGGGUCCCAAACCUCACUUUCUUGCUCUUUUUUCAUUGAUCAAGUCACAUGAAUCCUUCUUGGUCAUUACCUUUUCUCAUCUUAAAGGCGGGCAAGACAGUUGCAUGGCGAUGCGCCUCUCUUUUGGUUACAUCCUACAGAUGUUGUGUUCUUCUGAGGUGAAAUGGAUCAAGCCAAUCUUGUCAAAAAAGACUUGGAGAAUAUCAUAUCAUAUCACGUCUGAGGAAAACUACUGCUGCUACUGUUUGUCACAUGACUAGUUUGAUCUUCUUGAUUGUGUAAACUUUUUAGCACUAUUGUUGUGAGUUGUGUAAGUAAUAUUUAUGUAUGUAUUAUGUUGUGGUGUUUGUUUUUUUGUAUUGUGAGAAAUAUUAAACUGUGUUUGGUGGUGGUGUUGUCUUUA